AUGGACGCUUUAUCUUUACAAGAUAUCAAAUCUAUAGUUCGAUGUCAAUACGAAUUGGUGGUCCAGCGUAAUGAGCGGGUCAAAUCUAGAAACCUGUUUAGUAACGGGUCCAAUGCGAGCAUCAAGUCGGCCGAUUUGAUCAUCUAUUGGAUAGAGGUGUCUACAAACUAUCUAAACAGCAUCAAGGCAUUGGCCGAUUACCAGGACCCCACCGUUGUGUUGCAACUGUACAUUUACAAUUUCUUUAUCCUCAAGUACAUUCUGGCGUCUACCGAGGUGAAAAACGAUGAGGAUCGGGGUUUUAUCGGAACACUAGAAAACGUGUCGCAGCAAAUCAUAAAUACCAGUGAUCUGAAAACUCAAUUGGAAUACGCCACCCAAGAGGCUUACGAUAUUAUAAACCAGGACGUUGAUACAGACUUGUAUCCUAUAGAAGACGAGGUGAGUCUCGGAUGUGAUGAGUUGGCUACCCGGCUGUUUGAUCUCCAUGAAAAGAUUCUACUGGUGGAUGUCAGACCGUUUGACCAGUUUUUAAAGUCCCACAUCGAACACGAAGAUAUCAUCAAUAUCCAACCGGAUAGUGUGGAAGCCGUGAACGAUUUCGAGGACUUGGUAUUCUGUCUUCAGGUUGGAAACAUCGAUUUCUCCGCAAAACUCGCCUCCUUUAAUCAAUACGCCUACGUUGUUAUAUUUGGAGAUACAAAGGGUGCCCAACAUAUCCGGAAGCUGGUCACGGGAGCCAUUGAAAAACGCAAACGAUGGGGCCAAAUCAAUGUUGAGACUCGAACGCUGGAAGGUGGAUACUCCAAAUGGCUCGAACUAUAUGAUAAAGACGAAUCCAAAACGUUCACCGGAACGAUCCGCAGACCGUCGAUUCCAUCAGCAUCGUUCCGCAACUCCACCAACCUGAUUCCGUCGGGAAUCUCUUUGCCCCUCGUCCGCCUGUACAACUACGGUAGCACGUGCUACAUGAAUUCGAUGAUACAAUGUUUGUUCAAUAUUUCAUACUUUCGCAAUUUGAUGAUGGACACGUCGAAAAUCCAGCCGAUUCUCCGCUCCAACGACAACUCGCUGGUUCUUGCAUUCUACACCUUGUUCAAUGAGUUUUUCUACGCUAACGGACACUCUGUUGUUCGUCCCACCAACUUUGUUAGACUGUGUUCUCUGCUCAAGCCAGAUUUAAGAAUUCCUCACGAGCAACAAGACACCUCCCAGUUUUUGUACUUUCUACUUGACCGUUUACACAAUGAGUUACGCAUCGAUGAUACCCCUGCAAACCGUCAAAAUUUCAAGACGCAGAACCCGGAAACGGACCCAUUUACAGACUACGGUACAACCAAGGAAUAUUUGAAAUGGAACGCACAAUUGUUGAAAUCUGAAGGAGUUUCGCCUAUCAACAAAUUAUUCCAGAUCCAGCAGGAAACCACUCUUUCGUGUGAGAGAUGUGGCUAUGUUUCGCUCAACUAUGACAACUCCUGUAUGAUGACAUUGAACCUGAACGGAAAGGAGUACUAUUUGAACGACUUGAUCUUGAAAAAUUUGAAGCCUGAAGAAUUGAGUGAACGGCUGGGAAACGCCUGGAAUUGUCCGAAAUGCCAGAAACUCAUAGCCGAGCUCAAACAGCUCGAGGAUCUGAUGUCUUCCCAGGAUACAAAGAAACGCGGCUUCUUCAAGUUCAAAAAGGAAGAUCAUGCUACCAUGAACGAUUACCAAACAGGACGCUACGCAGAACUGAAAGCUGUUCUUGACCAACCAAACAUUUCGCACCGAUCCACCAACUUCAUCAAAUUGCCCCAGGUUCUCACCAUCUACCUAGCAAAAUUCGACCUGUACCAGAACAAACUCAACAUCAACCUCCAUUUUCCUAAAAGACUCAACUUUAAAAUAAAACGAGGCAGUGCUGAGAUUGUAUACAGCUACAAACUAAGCGGGUGGAUCGAUCACCUAGGCCAGUCUGUUUCUUCGGGCCAUUACACCAACAUCAUCAACAGAGGAGGCCAAUGGAUUCUGUGCGACGACGAUCGACUCAGCUCGUGUCGAUACGAGGACGAGAUCGCAGAUCCAAAUGCAUACUUAUUAUUUUACUCUUUAGUUAAGUAA